AUGGCGAAAAAGGGAAGCAUAUUCAAGAGAUCGUCAAGAGGAACAAUACUUAACAAUAAAUCCAAGGAAGUGGAACCACCAAUCAUGGCUGAUAAUGAACAAAUCCAUGAGGAAAAUAGAGACAACGACGAGGAGGAGGAGAGGGAGGUCAUUAAUAAUGCAGCUUAUAUACUUUUAUCAAUGAAACACCAUGUUUUGAAAGAGGAAGAUGCUAUUUUACUCCAAAACAUGCUAAGCAAAAGAUUGCCAAGAAUUCCACCUAUUCAAAGUUUAAGAGGAAUCAUUGGAAUAUGCAGUGAACCCUUCGAAAAGCACUUGACACACACAGAUUUAAGCGAUAAUUUUAACAGGCUUUCUUUGAACAGAGACAAAGUCAUAGCUUUUAUAUUGCCAAUGUUGCAAGAACAUGAAGAUGUUUAUGAUAGUAAAGGAAUACAAGUGACUACUUAUGGUCCAGACGGGGUUGCAUACGAUAUGAUAUUCAAGUCUUGGGCAGAUUCUAAGCUUUAUGUGCUUAAUUCAGGUUGGAAGAAGUUCUAUAGAUCUUACGGUUUGCAUGAACAUAACGACUAUUGGGCAACUGUUUGGAUGUUUCGUCAUAGAUUAACUGACAAGCCUUGUUUUGCACUCACUUGGAAGCAUGAUCCGAUCAGAUCGCCAUUGCCCAGGUCCAAGAACAAUAACAGAAAGUCAUGA